ACGAGCUAGUAGUAUGAGCCGGCAGUUUCGGUGCGGCUGCGGCCCGAGCAACAGGUAGACGCGGCGACUCCGAAGGCUACAGGUAGACGAGCGCUGAGGGCCUCGCAGAUUGUCGUGUUGUCAGCAUCAGCUUCGCUUUGACAAUGCUGCUCAUCUCAGGCUUAACGAUCUACGCGCUGUACACGAUGAUUAUGCGACAUAUAAACAGCGGAACGAACACUAUGUUGCUUAAUAACAGUGCCAACGACUCCUUGGUCCCUGGCAUCCCCGACCGCUGGCUCGAGGUGUGGGAUCCUCCGGUCGUCGCUGGCGAUGGUGGCGGCGCGGACAGACUCGCCUACAAGGUUCGAGUAGAGGCUGACUGGCAGGUGGUCCUCGGAACUUACAAGCACGUUAAGGACGAGAACUUCGAGGAAUAUCUCACGGUUUCGGGUGUCCCGGCCUUCAUGAUCUCCAUCAUCCUGAGCACGGUUCCCCUCGUCACCAUUCAGAAGAUUCCCGACGACAGCGACUACUAUUACGACAUGGAUGAGGAUAACGUCAAGGAACUGGACAACGUGUACGGUGACCUUCCCGAAGACGAGGACACCGCCUUCCAGAUGAUGAUCAAGACGGAGACUUGGAUUAGAGACAUCGACAUGCGGUUUAAGUUAGGUCAGGCUUUCCAUCACGUUGAGGCCGAUGGGUCAGAUUCUCAGAACACAUUCUUGUUCGUCGAGCCUCGUGUUCUGCUGCUGGACAAGUACCGAGGGGAAGAUCAUCAUCGGAUUAUCUACCAGUUUGGCAUUGACGGGUAUGAUGUGACGAUGGUGGAUUUCUCAAACAACAUUACAGCCAAGAGGUUUUUCAACAGAACGCAGCCAGGGUCCUCCGAAGAAAAUGUGGACACAGCGACAGAAAACGGGAUGAGCAGAAUGGAGGAAGAGAGUGGUCUGGCUUUAAAUGGAGGAGUGAUGGUGACCGACGGGGAGAGCUUUAAUUUUGAAAAUCAAGCGCUCUCUAGCGACAGGAAGGAAAUUGUGUUAGAGGUAGGAAACGCCACGGACGAAGGUGAAUUUCGGCAGGAUGGGUGGGGAAAUGGUAAAGAAAACGGGACUUUGACAGAAAACGGGAAAGAAGCUCUAGAAAACGAGGGCGCUCCAGGAAGCGGGGAGACUCAUAAAGAAAGAGAAAUUGUCUUGCAAGAAAAUAGGGAUAGUAUAAACUCGACAGCAGGAGAACAGGAAGAGAAUAAAAAUAAUAAUGGCAUGACAAAUAGCGAUGGCAUCGAUAAAUUCCCUCUCGUGCCGGAGUCAAACUUUGAAGUUUUUGAAAAUGCGACGAUUCUUGAAGAAGAACGCGCAAAUAACACCGACCUAUUCACCGGUCAAAAUUCCAAUAACCGAACGAUAGAUAACAUAGAUAACGAGGAAAAAUGAAAUGGGAUGGAGCGCGAUGGUAAUAGAGAGAUAAGAUUCCCGCAGAAUUUCGAAUCGAAUACAAAUAUCCCUCCAGCAAACUAGAUAAAAUAUUAGUGAAGGGACUGAUCAGCCCUAUAGUUCAGAGACAUGCAACCCUGAACUGACUGGCGGAUGAACAGAUUAGACAGACAGUUCGAUUACAGUAACUGACGACUCAUCCGGAAGCACUCUAGGCCUUGUUACAGUGAACGAUGGAUAUAACGAUGAAAAGAUUUGUAUUGACAGUGAUAUAGAGGUGAAUGAAAAAAGUAAUAUGGAAUAAUUCCGUUUUGUUCGUCAGCCGCGGAAAAACCUGUGAUGUAAAUAUAGACCAUUUGAGAAGAAUUUCAUGAAGGCAAGAAUUAAGAGGCUUGUUAUUUCUACAGAAUGAAUCAUAUACGAAGUAAAGGAAAGUAAAGGACUAUGGUGAAUUGGUAAUUAGUGCAUGUCCUUAUGGUAUGUGUGUAUGGGUCUGCGUGUUUGUGCAUUAGUGUGUGUGGUGGCGCAUUUGUGUGCAUUUGAACGUUAGCCUUUGCAAGUAUAUCUUUGUGCAUACUUGCAUACUACAUAAUACACACACACACUCACACACUCACACACACACACACACGCGCGCGCGCGCGUACAAAGAUAUACUUGCAAAGGCUGACGUUCUUAGGCACAUAAAUGCGGAGCCACACACACUGAUGCACAGACAUACAUAUAUAUAUAUAUAUAUAUAUAUAUAUACUCACACACAAACAUAUGAAUGGUAUACAGUUUAUGUGCUUGUAUUUGCUUGCAUAUAUAUCAUUUUUUAUUAUUGUUUUAGAUGUUUCCAUUUACAUUUGUUCAAAGUUCUCAUUCUUGUUUUCUACGACUAGCUCAACAUUUAUCAUUUUAUGCUCCAGUUGCAUUAUUGUACUCCUUCUUUGUAUAUGUUGCCCAUUAUCAUUAUAGAUUUUUAUAGUACGGAA